GCAGAAAAUAAUUAAAGAAGGAAAGAGAAGAGUAGAAUAGGGUGUGGUGGUGGACCACGUCUCGUCGUUUUAACGCAAUAUCAGAGACUCUCUGCUGGCUUCACAGAUAAGAACACUCUCGCCUCUCUCUCUUCCGUUCAGCAUUCCCAUUUCCUAUUCACUCAUUCAACGCGAACCAAACCCUUCCAUCGAAUUUCUAUACUAAAUCAAAUAAUCAUAAUCCCUAGAAGAAUAAGAUGUCGUGGCAAACUUAUGUCGAUGAUCAUCUUAUGUGCGAAAUUGAAGGCAAUCACUUAACUUCUGCUGCUAUCAUUGGUCAGGACGGCAGCGUUUGGGCUCAAAGCUCUACCUUUCCUCAGUUCAAGCCUGAAGAAAUCACUGCCAUUAUGAAUGAUUUCAAUGAACCUGGAUCACUUGCUCCAACUGGGUUGUACCUUAGUGGCACUAAAUACAUGGUCAUCCAAGGCGAGCCAGGAGCUGUCAUUCGAGGGAAGAAGGGACCGGGUGGUGUUACUGUUAAGAAGACCAAUCAGGCCUUGAUCAUUGGUAUCUAUGAUGAGCCAAUGACUCCAGGGCAGUGCAACAUGAUUGUUGAAAGGCUUGGUGAUUAUCUCAUUGAUCAGGGUCUGUAAUCUCUAUAUUUGUCCUGCUAUUUAUUGCAAUUUUCUUGGCUUCUAUACAAGCUUGCAUUUGCCUACCUGCUAUAGGAAUGGGUGAAUGCAGUGAAUAAUAUUAUGAAAUAUCUAAAGUCAAGGGAAACACUGUGUGGAAAGGAAAGGUUUGUUACUUUUUUAAAGUGAACGGAUAUGAUGGCUCUGUAAUUGUACUAUGUUUGAUUAUGGUAUUCUGAUGAUUGUGGAGUGAAGUACUUUGUCUA